UGCCUGGUUGCAGCUGGGGAGGGAGUCUUGUUCUCUUCCCCCUUGGUGGUGGUCCACUGCACUGUGGCUGGUGGCACAGGGUCUCGUGGACAGCAUGUCCAGGUCUCAGGUAAGACCAGGAAGUGGUCAUUGACGGAAGCCAAAAAAUAGUAAAAGCUGGUUGUGGGCUUGGUUUCCCUGUCUGUGGGAGCGGCAUGUCCCCUGCCUUGGCACUGGGGGCCCCUGGGCAGUGAUGUGGCCAAUCUGGGGGUUGUGCCGGGUGCAGGGCUGUAAAUGCUUGCCUUUGUGCCUUGGCUCCGAGCUCCAUUGAGAUGGCCGGGAUGGCCACUGUCCUCCACAGAUGUCACAUACGUUGGUGUGUGCCUUUGGGGGUGCAGUAGGGUGCUCCAGGAAGCCUUCUGAAAUGCUCUUUCUGUGGAGAUGGGACUCACGUACUCCUGAAGGCAAAGUGGCCAGGGAGUCCAGCUCUCUUCCCUUUGGGAGCUUGAGGGCUGCCAGGCUCGCAGUGCUGGCCCAGGAGGUGCUGUGACAGGUGGGUCAGGUAGAGCCGUGACCUGGGGGACCCUGCCACUCCUCUCAUCUGGAGGGAACGAAGCUGCUUCCGGUGUAGCUGGGCCGUGCUGCCCGGCAGGACUGCGUUCAUCCAGGUUAUACAUCCUAGUAGCCGGUGUGUGGGUGGGUGGAGUCCUCCUCGCGUGGUGGUAAGGGCAUUGGAUGCCGGCGACUGUGAAGCCUGGGGCUCGGACCUCUUAAAUGUGCCUGCGGCCAGGGACUGUGCAUGUGUGGGGCUCUGAGCGAGCGUGAGCAGGGAGCCGGGCAGUGCGCUGUGUGCACCUGUGGCGGCUCUCCCCACGGCUGGCCGGCGGGGGGACAGGAGGGCGGCUUGAGGAUGGUGCUGCUGCCGCUGCACAUGCACAGCACACUGACAUGUACAAGACACGAACACGCACACACGCACGGCUCUCUCCUCUGCCUUGCCCCGUCGUGAACUCCACUACCGGAUGGUUAGUUGACACAUAUUUAAGGUGCUCAUGGGAAAAAAAAAAUGGGGACAGUGUUGAAGAGCUAAGACUAAAAUUAAACCUCUUCAGAGAGAAGCGAUGGAGAAUGGUGUCAUGGAAUGCCUACCUUGGUGGGCAUGCGGUGACACUGCCCAAGCUGGGUUGACCCGAGAGCCACCGAAGCACCUGAGAAGUUGGGGAGGUGACGAAGCACUGCCACGUGACCCCUCCAGUGGGUGUACCUGGGAGGACGCCUGGCUGUCGGCCCUCAAGAUCCGGAACAUGGUGGCCGUGUUGGAAGUCAUCUCCAGCCUGGAGAAGUACCCCAUCACCAAGGAGGCACUGGAGGAGACGCGGCUGGGCAAGCUGAUCAACGACGUUCGCAAGAAGACCAAGAAUGAGGAGUUGGCCAAGCGCGCCAAGAAGCUGCUGCGGAGCUGGCAGAAGCUCAUCGAGCCAGUGCACCCCAACGAGGCGGCGCUGCGGGGGCUGCCAGGGGCCGCGGGCUCGGCCAAUGGGGGUGCGCACAACUGCCGGCCGGCCCGCCCCGUCCACGACCUUAAGAGCCGCAACGACGUCCAGCGGCUGCCCGCACCACGGCUGGACAGGCUGAGCAGCCAGAAGCGCCGAGGGGACCAGCGGGACCUCAGCCACCCUGGGCCACCUGCCAAGGUCUCCAAAGGGAGCCACGAUGCCCUGGUCCCCAACUCGUCCCCCCUCCCCACGAACGGGAUCAGCGGGAGCCCUGAGAGCUUCCCGGGCUCCCUGGAUGGCCCUGAGGUGGGCCGCAUGGACCCCACCGAGAACGACAAGCUUGGCGGCCGGAUCCCUGUCCACGCUGUGCGGCCGCACACCAGCUCCCCGGGCCUGGGCCAGCCCCCCGGCCCCUACGCACAGACUAAGGCCCCGGGGCUGCAGCAGCUGGACCGGGGUGAUGAGACCCCCGGCCCCCCGCACCCCAGGGGACCCCGCUGCUCCUUCAGCCCCCGGAACUCACGGCACGAAGGCUCCUUUGCCCGGCAGCGCAGCCCCUGCACGCCCAAGGGCUCCGUGUCCAGCCCCUCGCCGCGGUUACAGCCCCUUGAUGCCCACCAGGUGCCGUCACCACUACCAACGUGCACGCCCCCCGUGCGGCGGCUAGAGCUGCCGCUGCGCGGGGAGAGCCCAGGCGGCUGGCCGGAGCCCGCGGAGAGCCGCCCCCGCCUGGCCGGCCCGCUGCCCUCGGAGCCCAUGCCCCGCGCCGGCUUCUCCCCAGACCCUUCCAGGGCGGACAGCGACGCAGCCGCCUCUGGGGGUGCGGACAGCAGGAAGAAGAAGCGGUACCGGCCCCGCGACUACACCGUGAACUUGGACGGGCAGGUGGCCGAGGCGGGCAUCAAGCCUGUGCGGUUAAAAGAGCGGAAGCUCACGUUUGACCCCAUGACGAGACAGAUCAGGCCUCUGACCCAGAAGGAGCCGGCGCGGGCGGGCAGCCCCACGGCCCCGGAGCAGGUGAGGACAGAGCAGGCGCCGGCCGAGGCCAGGGUCAGCCUGCAGAGCCCCUUCGAGCAGACGAACUGGAAGGAGCUGUCGGGCAACGAGAUCAUCCAGUCGUACCUGAGCCGGCAGAGCAGCCUGCUGCUGUCGUCGGGCACGCAGACGCCCGGGGCCCACCACUUCAUGUCCAAGUACCUGAAGCAGGAGGAGAGCCGGCUCGGGGCCAGGCAGCCGCACGUGCUGCGGCCGCACAGCCCGCCCACGGACCUGCCCGGGCUCAGCCGCGAGGUCACGCAGGACGAUCUCGACAGAAUCCAGGCCCACCAGUGGCCUGGUGUCAACGGGUGUCAGGACACGCAGGGUAACUGGUAUGACUGGACGCAGUGCAUAGCGCUCGACCCGCAUGGCGACGACGGGCGGUUGAAUGUCCUGCCGUACGUUUGCCUAGACUGAGGGGCCCCGGUGCUGGCCGGGGGGUGUGGGGGGCUGGGCCGGGCAGCAGGGGCUCUCCGCAGCUGCCCCCCAAACUCUCCUUCUUCUGUGAAAUGCUGCUACCAGUUUACUAACAAAAUGGCAAAGGAAGGACCGCGCAGAAGGAAGGAAGCGAGUUCAGAACUCGAGCAAGCCAGCUGUAAGAUGCCCCUGGCCGCCAGGCCAGGCCCCCGGGGCAGGGCUCCCCACAGCCCCAGGAGCACACGCCUCAGCCCCGGGCAGGGGCUGGGGGGGCCACCACGUCAUCUGGCUCCAGUUCAGGCCCCCGUUGUUGAAAUGCUGCACAGGUUGAGUUUCCUUGCGUUUCUUUCCCCGGCCCCUCCCGUCUGAGCAGCAGCCAGGACACCGUGGUGCCCGGGAGCCACAGGGCGUCCCCACGGUAGCUGGCAGCUCCUAAGCAUUCCUCCAGACGCGUUUGCCUUAUGGUUCUUGGUCAUGACCGCGAGUCGCAGAAACAGGCGCCUUAGUGGACAGCCAGCCCAGGCCUUCUGCCCCCGGACGCAGAAGGGCAACUUUGCUAUUUGGUCCAGUAAAUGGACACCUUGUGAUAGAAAUGUGGAAAUAAAAAAAAAAAAUCAUUUGCACAAACUGGUCUGAGAAUGUCCUCCUGUUGGGCCCCUGCCAGGGGGCUGUAUCCAGCACCCUCCAGCCCCGAGCUAGCAGGGGGCAGCUCCUGGAGGGCCAGGUCACCUCAUCUGUGCCCCCCCCCGGCCCUGCAGGGGGUGCCCACACCGGGUGGCUGGGGAGUGGGGGUGCCCACAUGU